AUGUGUGGCGGUGCUAUAAUUUCAGAUUUUGUUCCUAUCCUCACCAAGGCCAAGGGUAGAAAACUCACGGCGGAGGAACUCUGGUCUGAGCUUGAUGCUUCCGCCGGCGAUGAUUUCUGGGGUUUCCAUUCCACUUCCAAGCUCCAAUCCACCAACCAACAAGAAUUUGCAUGA